AUGAUUGAUUACCUGGGCAUUGUUGCCAUUAUAUUCUUUUACUUGCUGAUUCUUGUCGUUGGCAUUUGGGCUGGUCGAAAAGCUAAAAAUGUCAAUACCAUGCUCAUCGAUGGUGAACAAACGGAAGAAGUUAUGCUGGCAGGAAGGAAUAUUGGAACAUUGGUAGGAAUCUUCACUAUGACAGUUGUCAUUAAACAGACUAAAUUACAAACAUUUACUGUUACUGGUGAUGACAGUCUGUACUGUAGUAAUGGUGAUGCUACUGUUACCAAUUUUAUUUGUUAA